GGACUCGGAGUGAGGCCCGCCGGAACCCCCGCGGCUGCGGAUGAGCGCGAACUGAAGCGCCAGCGAAGGAAGCAGUCCAACAGGGAGAGCGCCCGCAGGAGCCGCCUGAGGAAGCAGGCUGAGUGCGAGGAGCUGGGGUCGAGGGUCGGUUCGUUGACCGAGGAGAACGAGAAGCUCAAGACGGAGGUGAAGCGUCUCACGGAGCAGUGCCAGGCGCUCAGCCAGGACAACACCGCGCUCCGCGAA